GUCUGCUGGGGAUCGUCGAGCCGGCGAUUUCAACGAAUAGGAAGGAGCAAGAAAAAUAGUGGAUAAUAGGCGGCAACUGACAAAUCAACUCGGGGAAGGUCCUCGCGCAAACCAACAUCUUUCGCUUUUGCGGUGAGAGGUUUCAAGCUUAACUUAAGCAACAGGUGCGUGCAGCUGAAUGCGCGUCUCUUGGCCCAUUGCGAACUACGUGCUCUCGAGUCCUCGCUAGAAGAAGCACGCUGCCUCAUUUUGCAUGGCGGAAACAGACGAAAAUUCGCCUCUGGCGGGCGAGCCCAAGGCGUCGUUGGUCAACGAAGGUGGCUGCAACGCGGCUUCUUCUGAUCGGCACGAGCAGCAUUCGUCAUCGGCCAACAACUCCGGUUCUCAGGCCGUGACGGAAGUCUGCUUGACUCCCCGCUCCGACGCCAAGGAUGCGACGGACAGUUUGGGCCGCAAGUCCGGCGACAGAGAAGUAUGGGGCAAGAAGGCCGAUUUCCUCCUGUCCGUGAUUGGAUUUGCCGUGGACCUGUCCAAUGUGUGGCGCUUCCCCUACCUCUGCUACGCCUACGGCGGGGGCGCGUUCCUGGUGCCGUACAUGAUCAUGCUGGCGGUGGGCGGCAUUCCCCUCUUCUUCAUGGAGCUCGCUCUCGGCCAGUACCACCGCAAGGGCGCCAUCACCUGCUGGGGAAGGCUGGUGCCCCUCUUCAAAGGCGUGGGUUACACGGUGGUGAUGAUUGCCUUCUACGUGGACUUCUACUACAACGUGAUCAUCGCCUGGGCGCUCUACUACCUGGUGGCGUCGUUCACCACUGAGCUGCCGUGGACCAACUGCAACAACUCGUGGAACACGGAGAACUGCCUCGAGCUGGCCUACGGCCAGCGGCUGCUCAGGCUGCCCGCCAACGAGAGCUCUUCGGCCCUAGACGACGGCGUCGACGGCCGCGACACAAACGCCACCGACGACUCGGACAAGGCGCUCGCCAUUGACGUCAGGGCCAACUACACAACGCCGGCCGAGGAGUACUUCACACGCCACCUGCUGCAGCUUCAGUACAGUUCGGGCAUCGACGACUUAGGCUCGAUCAAGUGGGACAUGGCGCUCUGCCUCCUCGCCGUCUACAUCAUCUGCUACUUCAGUCUUUGGAAAGGAAUCUCCACCUCCGGAAAGGUGGUGUGGUUCACGGCGCUGUUCCCGUACUGUGUGCUCUUCAUCCUGCUUAUCCGCGGCACCACUUUGCCCGGUGCGGCCCAGGGCAUCGCCUACUACCUCACGCCGGACUUCAGCGUGCUCGCAAACCCGAGGGUUUGGGUGGAUGCGGCCACUCAGGUAUUCUUCUCCCUGGGUCCCGGCUUCGGCGUCCUGCUGGCAUUUUCCAGCUAUAACGAAUUCCACAACAACGUCUACAGAGACGCGUUGCUGACGAGUGCGGUGAACAGUGCCACCAGCUUCCUGGCGGGCUUCGUCAUCUUCAGCGUGCUGGGCUACAUGGCUCACCGCGCGGACAUCCCCAUUGAGAAAGUGGCCACCGAAGGCCCCGGCCUGGUGUUCAUCGUGUAUCCUGAGGCGAUCGCUACCAUGCCUGGCUCCUCCUUCUGGGCAAUCAUCUUCUUCCUCAUGCUGCUUACGCUUGGGCUCGAUAGCUCGUUCGGCGGCUCGGAGGCGAUCAUCACGGGCUUUAGCGACGAGUAUCCCUUCGUGAAGAGGAACAGGGAGCUCUUCGUGGCCGGCCUGUUCACGCUCUACUUCAUCAUAGGACUCGCCAGCUGCACGCAGGGCGGCGUGUACGUGGUGAACAUGCUGGACCGCUACGCCGCCAGCUACUCCAUACUGAUCGCCGUAUUCUUCGAGGCGGUGGCUGUCUCUUGGAUCUACGGGAUCAGAAGGUUCUCGGAGGACAUUAAGGAGAUGCUGGGCUUCCCCGUCGGCUUGUGGUGGAAGUUCUGCUGGGCCUUCGUGGCACCUUUCUUCAUACUGGUGAUCAUCGCCAGCGGCCUGGUGAACUACGAACGGCUGUCGUACAACGAGUACAAGUACCCGUGGAGCGCCGACGCUGUGGGAAUCUGCGUGGCAGCCUCGUCGGUGCUCUGCAUACCCGCGUUCGCCCUGUGGAACCUCAUCCGGACGCCUGGAACGCUGGCACAGCGGCUUCGGCUGUUAACCACGCCCUGGCGUGACCAGGAAUGCGACUUCAAGAAGGACGCCAGUGCCUUGGCGCCCAGUCCACCUCCGGUCAGCGUCUAGGGGGCGCGCGCAGCGGCUGGGUCGAAUGCAGCGAAAUGGAGACUCGGGAUUCUCGUCAACUCAGCUUCCUCCGGGGAAUCGUGACAAGCCGAGUACCGAUGUUCUCUUGGCCCUGUGCGCUUGUAUUUAUGUACACAUACUCAGCGUAUACUCAACGUCCA